AUGGCCGCUGCUCGAUCGACGGCAUCGUCGACGGCCCUCGUCAGGCGCAGCCUUAUCGCCGCGCCCGCGGUUGGCUCUGCCUCGCAGUCGCGAACCUUGUUCUUCUCGUCUCGAUGGAGGGCCGCCCCUACCGUCAGCAGCGGUGCUGUCGCUGGAGCUCAAGGUGUAGCUUCUGUCAACCCUUCCUCUUCAUCGUCCUCCUCCUCCAGCGGCGGCAGCAAUGGCGGCGGUCGCCCCCGUCGUGGCUUCUUCACGCGGGUCAAGCGAGGCAUCUACGCCACUACUGCAUUGUCAUUGGGAGCCUUUGGCUACUAUGCGUACGAGGCGAACAACCCGCCCGACCAGCUGCCGCAAGAUCCCAAGCUCAAGACGAUCGUCGUCCUCGGCUCGGGAUGGGCGGCCACGUCGAUGCUGCAGAACAUUGACACGAGGAACUACAAUGUCAUCGUCAUCUCGCCUGCCGACUACUUCCUAUUCACGCCGCUGCUUCCCUCUGUUACAGUAGGGACUAUCAAUGGGCGAUCCAUCGCUCAGCCUACUAGGCAGACGGUUCGCUUCGGUGCUAGGGAGGUACAGUGUCUCGAAGCUGAGGCUACCCAUGUCGAUGUCAAGGCCAAGACGGUCACCUUUGAGGACAAGUCUGAAAUCCACGGCUCCCUCGGAACGGUCACGAUACCCUUUGACUACCUCGUCUACUCGGUUGGAACGGCUCCCCAGACCUUCGGCAUCGACGGUGUCCGCAAGCACGGAUGUUUCCUCAAGGAGCUCCGCGAUGCCGAGAAGAUUCGCAACCGUCUCAUGGACUGUGUCGAGUCUGCCUGCAUUACCGGCCAGCCGCAGUCUGAGGUGGAUCGUCUGCUCCACACAGUCGUCGUCGGCGGUGGUCCCACCGGUGUAGAGUUCGCAGCAGAGUUGCGCGACUUUGUGGUCGAGGAUCUGAGCAAGUGGUAUCCGGAGAUCGCAAAUAGGGUGAAAGUCACUCUCGUCGAGGGCCUGCCGAGCAUUUUGCCCAUGUUCAGCAAGAAGCUCGUCGAGUACACGGAGCACGAGUUCUCCCAGCAGGAGAUCUCUGUCCUCACCAAGCACAUGCUCAAGGACGUCGACGAGACGCACGUGACUGUCCAGAAGCCAGAUGGGACGAUGGACAAGAUGCCGUACGGCCUGUUCGUCAUGGCGGCGGGCAAUGGGCAGAGGGAGAUCACGAGGGACUUGAUGGCUCAGCUGCCUGAGAGCCAGAAGAACCGACGAGGACUGGAGGUGGACGACCAUAUGCGUCUCAAGGGGAUGGAGGAGACCAUCUUCGCCCUCGGCGAUUGCACGGCUACCCCGUACGCGGCUACCGCUCAAUCGGCGAGCCAGCAGGGCAAGUGGCUGGGCAAGCGCUUCAACCAGAUGGCUCGCAUUGAUGAUCUUAAUGAGGCGGUUGCGCUGGCGCAGAAGGAGGGCAGGUGGGAUGAGGUGCCCACCUACCAAAAGAUGCUCAAGAAGGCCGAGAAGCUCAAGCCCUUCCACUACUCGCACGCGGGUGCGCUGGCGUACAUUGGUGGGGACAAGGCGAUUGCGGAUCUGCCGUUCAUGAACGGAGAGGUCUCCAUUGGUGGUGUGGCGACAUUCGUUGCUUGGAGAGGAGUGUAUUUCAGCAAACUCUUCUCGCUGAGGAAUCGCGUUCAAGUAGGCGCCGACUGGCUCCAUGUCAAGGUCUUUGGGCGCUGUGUCACACGAGAGUAG